AAACACACCCACCCACAACAAUAACAACUAGAUUGGACCUCAAAGUCCAUUAUCCAAUUCGGUUUAAUUUAAUUUUGGUACGCCCCUCUUUUAUUUAUUUUUUUCUUAACCCCAACAAUAAUAAUAAACCAAACCCCAAAACAUAGGUCCAAUUUCAAAAGCCCAAUUCUAUCUUUCUCUCUCCUCGCCUCCGAACUCUCUCUCUCUCUCUCCUCGAAACCCUAGAUCUGGGAGCUGCAAAUCGCCGGUGAUCGCCGGGAAUCGCCUCAGCCUCCUCGGAUUCGAACGAAGAACCGAUUUUUAUCAUCGGUUUCUCUCGGGAACUGUCACUUUUGCCGAAACGAUUAAACAAAUCUAGUACCUAUCUCUGGAGAUGGAGUUGGAAAACCCUAAUGAGAUCAUGAGCAACGAACUUGUACCGAUGGAGGAGACACAGCCGAUCGAGUCAGACUUGCAACUCGACAUUAUAGACACUGAGCCCAACCACUACGAGAUGGCCCCACCAGACAUCACCGAGCAGCCGCCCACCAAGCGCCGCAAGAAGAAGUCCAUCGUGUGGGAACACUUCACCAUCGAAACAGUCGGUGCAGGGUGCAGGAGAGCCUGCUGCAAGCAAUGCAAGCAGUCAUUCGCCUACAGCACAGGUUCCAAAGUAGCUGGAACGAGCCAUCUCAAGCGCCACAUUGCGAAGGGUACUUGCCCGGUGGUCCUGCGCAACCAGGAAAAGAAUCAACAGCUGGCCAACAGCCCUUACAGCGCACCCUCGAAGUUGAGCAUCUUCUCCGAGACGCCAAAGAGGCGGUACAGAACCGCCAGCGUGCCUCUAGUCUCGUUCGAUGCUGACCGCUGCAGGCGAGAGAUUUCCAGGAUGAUUAUCAUGCACGAUUACCCGCUCCACAUGGUGGAGCACCCUGGCUUUCUGGCGUUUGUCCAGAAUCUGCAGCCUCGUUUCGAUAUGGUGAGCUUCAACACUGUGCAGGGGGAUAUUGUGGCCACUUACCUCAGGGAGAAACAGAGCAUCCUGAAGGUGGUUGAAGGGAUGCCUGGGCGAAUAUGCCUUACGCUGGAUUUAUGGUCCUCGUCUCAGAGUACUGGCUAUGUGUUUGUGAGUGGGCAGUUCAUCGACAGUGACUGGAAAAUGCACCGGAAGCUCCUGAACGUGAUCAGGCAGCCUUAUCCUGAAUCCGACACUGCUUUUAGCCACUCUGUUUCUGCUUGCCUCUCCGAUUGGGGUAUGGACGGCAAGUUAAUCUCUGUAACAAUCAAUCAACCGCUGAGCGAAGCUUCAGUUGACAAUCUGAGGGCUUUGCUCUCUGUCAAGAACCCACUUUUGCUCGACGGGCAGUUGUUGGUUGGGGGUUGCCUUGCUCAUUCGUUAAGCACCAUUGUCCAAGACGGGUUGGCUUUUGCGCAGGGGGUAGUCAAGAAAGUCAGAGACAGCGUCAAGUAUGUGAAAACUUCGGAAUCGCUCGAGGAGAAGUUUAAUGAGAUCAAACAGACGCACCAAGUGCCUAGCUCUAAGAAGCUUGAAAUUGAUGACCAAACUCGGUGGAACACAACCUAUGAAAUGCUGUCGUCUGCAUUGGAACUGAAGAAAGUCUUCACCAAAUUGGGCGAGUCUGACCCAGAUUACAAAGACCCCCCUUCAGAACAGGAUUGGAGUCAGAUACAGACUCUGUGUCAAACCUUGAAGCAACUCUUCGACAUUGCCAAUAUUUUGACUGUACCACCUACAACGAAAACAAUAGCGGUUUUCCACGAAGUGUGGAAGGUCCAGCUGGACCUUGCCCGUUCUGCGAAUAAUAAGGAAAAUGAUUUUCUCAGCGGGAUGACAAAGUCCAUGUACGAAAAUUUCGACAAGUACUGGAAGAGCACGUGCUACAUUCUUGCUAUUGCUGUUGUAAUGGACCCACGGUUCAAAAUGAAGCUCGUUCAAUUCACUUUCGUGAAAAUCUACGGUGAAGAACGGGCAGCCUCGUUCAUUAAAAUAGUGGAUGAAGGGAUACAUGAGCUUUUCCACGAGUAUCUUUCUUUUCCGAUGCAUUCUACGCAUGAUUCUUCUUACGGUGAGGAUGAGAAUGGGCAGUCGGUCAAGAUUGAAGAUUCUGAAGGGAUGGAUAGCAAUGGAGGUCUUUCGGAUUUCGAUGCUUAUAUAAUGGAGACGACCAGCCAGCUGUCGAAGACUGAGCUGGACCAGUAUUUGGAGGAGUCGCUCUUGCCACGCGUGCAUGAUUUCGAUGUGGUGGGGUGGUGGAAGCUGAAUAGGAUCAAGUACCCUACUCUUUCGAAGAUGGCUCGAGAUGUUUUGUCGGUGCCCGUUUGUACCGUGCCUGGUAAUAUGGUGUUUGAUACUGUACGGAGGGAGAUGGAUAGUUACAGAUCCUCUUUGAGGUCCGAGACCGUCGAGGCUCUUAUAUGUGCUAAGGAUUGGCUUCAGCCGGAGAAGCUGGAAGGUCCGGCGCCCGUUAUCAAAAUGGAAAUUCCGAUUUAGUUUUUCUUUUUUUUUUCUUUUUUUUUGAAAUAUGGUGUUUUGUUUAGAACUAUUUGGUAGGCUAGUAGAGAUGUACUAUUUUCUUUUUAGAUUGGCUGGGACUGUUUGCAUCAUAUGAUUCUAUCUCCGAGAACUCUAUUGUACAAUACUAUUGAACAUUUACUAGAUUUAAUUCACAAUGAAUUUUAUGUU